GUCGCGGCUGUGCCGCCGGAGCAAAGCCAAAGCCCUUCCGGGCAGGCCCUUUCGCCUGCAGAGGUGCCUGCUGAGCCACGGCGCAGUGGCAGCCAGUCUGGGCAGUGGCCCGCGACUCCCACAGAGGUUCCCGCCGCUGCUGAGCCCAGCUUCAGCAGCCAGGGUCUUCCCGGGCAGUGGCCUGCGCCUGCACAGGUCGCGGCUGUGCCGCCGGAGCAAAGCCAAAGCCCGUCCGGGCAGGCCCUUUCGCCUGCAGAGGUGCCUGCUGAGCCACGGGGCAGUCUCAGCCAGUCUGGGCAGUGGCCCGCGACACCCACAGAGGUUCCCGCCGCUGCUGAGCCCAGCUUCAGCAGCCAGGGUCUUCCCGGGCAGUGGCCUGCGCCUGCACAG